ACCUAGAGCUGCUAUCAUGGACGUCCUGGUCCCAUUUCUGCAGCUACUGGUGCUGAUCCUGACACUUCCCCUGCACCUGCUGGCUCUGCUGGGCUACUGGCAGCCUGUAUGCAAAACCUAUUUCCCCUACUUGAUGGCCAAGUUAACAGAAAAUGCCAACAAAAAGAUGGAAGGCGAGAAACGGAAACUCUUUAGCCCAAUAAAAGAUCUGAAGGAGACCAACGGGAAAGUGACCCUGCUGGAGCUAGGCUGUGGCACUGGUGCCAACUUCCAGUUCUACCCACCUGACUGCAAGGUCACCUGUGUGGACCCGAACCCCAACUUUGAGAAGUUCCUGACGAAGAGCAUGGCUGAGAACAGGCACCUCCAGUACGAGCGCUUCAUCGUGGCCUAUGGAGAGGACAUGAAACAGCUCGCUGACAGCUCUAUGGAUGUGGUUGUCUGCACCCUGGUGCUGUGUUCUGUAAUGAGCCCAAAAAAAGUCCUCCGGGAAAUCCAGAGAGUGCUGAAGCCGGGAGGACUACUCUUCUUCUGGGAGCACGUCGCCGAGCCUCGGGGAAGCUGGGCCUUGCUGUGGCAGCAGGUUUUUGAGCCUACCUGGAAACACAUCGGGGACGGCUGCCACCUCACCAGAGAGACCUGGAAGGACCUUGAGCAGGCACGGUUCUCCAAUAUCGAAAUGGAAUGGCAGUCCCCUCCCUUCUGGUGGCUACCUGUGGGGCCCCACAUUAUGGGAAAGGCUGUGAAAUAACCCUCCAAAAGGAGUUCCUCUGCUCCCUCUCCG